AUGGCUGACAAUCCUCCUCAACCAUCCAUGUUCUGGAUGGUUUUGUCCCGAAGUGUUCUUGUCUUUGUUGCAACCUGCAUCACUAUCUGCAUUGCCAUCGCCGCUGUCCCAGUCCUUUUCGUCAUGUUCAUCCUAGUGGCAAUCUCACCAGAAUCCUUCUCGAACCUCAGGAUCGGAGGUGACACCGUACACAUUCGAUUGGACCUGAACGUUACCCAUGGUCCGCAGCGUGCUCCACACCAACGCGCCCGCGCUCAUCGAUCAAGUCCACAUCUAACAAACCCUCAAGACAACCAACCUUCGAGCCCACAGUCUCCUCCAAGUCCUGCGUACAAUUGGUCACGUCAGUACAGCUCACGUCAACCGGCUCCUCUUGACACGACGUUCGCGGUUCAACAGCCCUACACAUGGAGAUCUACUUCUGCAUACGUCCCCUCGCAUCCAAACAUAUAUAACACCAUGCCUCCAUACCUCCCACCGAUUUCGGAACCAGAACCCAGACCACUCUUCUCCUCUCAAUAUGGCGCCUACACAUCGAUGGAUCCUUCACCUCCCUUCCGAGCCAGUCCCAUUCCUCCGCCUCCUACGAACCGCCUUGUGCGCACCAACUCAAACAUCUCGUGGACUGCAGACGAUCGGUUACCACCCGCUCGCCCAGAUGAUGCUAUGACCCCGACUCGUCCAGGACCUAGAAGAAGAUCCACAGCCGAAUCUAUGCCGGGCCAAAUCCCCAUAGUCGACGACGAGUCUGACGAUGAGAUUCUGCCAGUGUACGAUCGACCUCCAGAGUACGAUGACGAGAGACACAGCCAACCCUCUCCAACAUGA